GAUGGCGGAGUAGCAACGCGAAGCGGUUAGUACCGAGUCUCCAGCACGCCUUAGAUUCCAGCGUCGGCAGCAGCAGUGAUCGCUGAGGGCAGAGUGCCGAGGGUAGUUGGCCAAGAUGCCGAAUAUCAAAAUCUUCAGCGGCAGCUCCCAUCAGGAUUUAUCCCAGAAAAUUGCCGACCGCCUGGGCCUGGAGCUAGGCAAGGUGGUGACUAAGAAAUUCAGCAACCAGGAGACCUGCGUGGAAAUUGGCGAGAGUGUGCGUGGAGAGGAUGUCUACAUUGUUCAGAGUGGUUGUGGAGAAAUCAACGACAAUCUAAUGGAGCUUUUGAUCAUGAUUAAUGCCUGCAAGAUUGCUUCAGCCAGCCGGGUUACUGCAGUCAUCCCAUGCUUCCCUUAUGCCCGGCAGGAUAAGAAGGAUAAGAGCCGGGCCCCAAUCUCAGCCAAGCUUGUUGCAAAUAUGCUGUCUGUAGCAGGUGCAGAUCAUAUCAUCACCAUGGAUCUACAUGCUUCUCAAAUUCAGGGCUUUUUUGAUAUCCCAGUGGACAAUUUGUAUGCCGAGCCAGCUGUCCUAAAGUGGAUAAGGGAGAAUAUCUCUGAGUGGAAGAACUGUACUAUUGUCUCACCUGAUGCUGGUGGAGCUAAGAGCAGGAAAUUCCAAGCUUGGUGUCCAGAAGCCACACACACAGGUUUUAACUCUGAGCACCCCCUGUUUGGCAGAGUGACCUCUAUUGCAGACCGGUUGAAUGUGGACUUCGCCUUGAUUCACAAAGAACGGAAGAAGGCCAACGAAGUGGAUCGCAUGGUGCUCGUAGGAGAUGUGAAGGAUCGAGUGGCUAUCCUUGUGGAUGACAUGGCCGACACUUGUGGCACAAUCUGCCAUGCAGCUGACAAACUUCUGUCAGCUGGAGCCACCAGAGUUUAUGCUAUCUUGACACAUGGAAUCUUUUCUGGCCCGGCCAUUUCUCGCAUCAACAAUGCAUGCUUUGAAGCAGUAGUAGUCACCAAUACCAUACCUCAAGAGGAUAAGAUGAAGCAUUGCUCCAAAAUACAGGUGAUCGACAUCUCCAUGAUCCUUGCAGAAGCCAUCAGGAGAACUCACAAUGGGGAAUCAGUUUCCUACCUGUUUAGUCACGUCCCUUUGUAAUAGAAUAACUUCUGAAGCUUUUUAAAAAUAAAAUCCACCCUGCCCCUUAUUUUCCCUUGGUAUUUGAUGAAAAGUUCCGCAGAAGACCCAGCUUGCUCCUGUGUAGCUUUCUACAUCCCACAUCAGGUAUAUUAGAGCUUUGGGGAGAGACAGAUUGAAAUUGCUGGGGUCUUCAACCUGCAUUAUCUCAUUCUGGCUUCGUUGAUGAUUUGAGGAGCCUUGUAGCUUUAACUACAGCUCAGCUGCUGUAAGAUUUCAGACUUUGAGGGUAUUGUAUAGGGGUGUUUGAAGGUAAUGGGGGAAGCUUAGACUGCUUUGCAUGUGAAUGCUUCAGGGUUUACAAAGCCAACCCAAUACAUAACCCACAUGAUGUGUCACCCCCCUCCCAUGCCCAUGUGUCGCAAGUUCUCUAAGGUCUAUGCUAAAUUGCAGCAAGAGCCCUAGGCAACCCCAAACCUAAUUCUCCUGGUUGCUGAGCUCCCUAUAAGGCAGGAGCUGGCUUUCAGCUUUCGUGGCCAUUGGGUGGGGUCAUGAGGGGAGGCAGCACUGUGCCAGCAAACGCUUCUUGGGAGGAAGAAGACUGAUCCAUCACCAUCUGCUCGGGGACUGUGUAUUUUGGAUCCUCCUUUGUACCUGUUCAUUUCAAUUUGGCUUCACCUUCCAUCAUCUUGACCUUUUCCUGGCCAAAUAAUCCUCUUGGGUCCAAAUGAUCAGUGUACCAUAGUCUUAUGGAAAGCAGAUUCACUUCCUGCUAUGUGAUCUCUUAACAUUUACAUUACAUGGUUUUGCUGUAGCUUAAUUUUCCUUGGCUACUACCACUGUGGUAGUAGAUUUUAGAUGAUGUUGUGUUGCCGUUUGAUUAAUUUAAAUAUUUAAUUUUCAUUUUCCUUCCUUGGAUCUGUUUUGGCCUCUCGAAUGACCUGAAAUUUCUGUUAAAAAUAUUAUCAAUGUCAUUGUCUCUUGUUGAGGAAACUAAUAAAGUGUAUGUGUGUGACUGUGGGUCUGUAUCCUAUCUAUACUGAUCUCUGCUGAAGAUUUGGAUUAGAUGUCUUGCUGUCCAGUAGUUCGUUUCCGAACUAUUAGCUGCAUUUAUAAUCCUGCUGGAUCUCCGAUUCUUAUUCCUGAGGGUAGGAAUUAGGUGUUUUCUUAUAAGAGGGGAAUGGUUUCUAUAAUUGAUUCAUUUUGAACCAAUUUUGUCAAAUGUGAUAAUCCCCCCUCUUUUGUUAGUAGUUAACAUAUGUUUGGCAUUUCAUUCCAGCCCUGCUCAAUGGCACUUAAUUUCAGCCCUUCUAAAUGAAAGCGAUUUUGGAAAGAUGAAUGUGCAAAAUUUAAGAAUUGUAAUGCAUUCCAAAACUUUAAGUGAGUUCCUUUGUGCAUCAUCAAAUAAAAGUGCUCUUUCACUUUGGGAAGCUACAUGCUUCUGAAUCUUUGUGAAGAGUGCCUGUCCGCCCCUUAUCUUGGAAGCCUGGGUCUGCUUUCUUUAUUUUUUGCUUUUGUUGAACAUUGGGAUAUUUACUUUACAAUUUGUCUUGAAAACUGAUUCAAGAGGGACUGAAAUGUGUGCCUCUGACCCUCUUCCAACUCAAGUCCUUUCUCUGGGGGAAGCUGACAUGCGGCACCGAUGGCAUAACUUUGCUGAUUAUAUUUCCUAAAGUAUUGGAUCAGUUGAUCAAGGCUUGCCAUUUCAGAUUAUUUUAACAUAAGCCCUACUGUGGGCCACAUUGGGUAAUUCAUUUCCUAGGAUGAGGCUUUGUGGUCAUUCAAGAAAGGCCCUCAGUCUCCAACUUUGGUUCCUAUACCUAAGGGGAAGCCAAUAUUCAAUUCCCUGUGGCACUCAACGAAGGGCCAUAAGUACCUUCAAGCCUAUUCGCCUUUUCUUCAGUAGGAGAGACCCAAGUGUCCUGGAUGGCAAGGGAUUCUUAACUAUUGGGAGCAGUAGCAGGAACAGACCUACUGGGGCAUGUUAGCUGCUGUUGAGUCGGCCCCCAACUCAUGGCGAUCCCACUCACAGCGGAACAAACUGCUGCGUGGUCUUGAUCAAUUGCAGAU